AUGGCCGCCGACUGCCCUGAAGUGGGCAGUACGAACCCUGACAUUGCAGGGCUUGGAAUUGUCAUCGCUUUUGCGUUCCAGGCAGGCAUUUCACUCGUGCUUUCCAUAUGGUCAUUGCUACUAUGGAAACCUGGAAUGGCCUAUCUGUUAGACGACGAUAUGGUGAUCGCCUUUAACUUAGGGGAUGCGAGAGGCGCUCAAAGGACAUUGUCAAAUUUUUAUCGACAGCAUGAAUCUUCGUGGAUUCCUCUGAAACGCACAAUCGAUGGCAUUCUUCUGACAAUUAGUGAUACACAAACUGUGAACGGGCUGAGCUUGCUCAUUGCCGGCCUCGCUCAAUACAAAUCUUUGAGCCUGUACCACAUGCACAUCAUAUAUGACACAGUCAACUUUACAGCAAUUUCAAUCUGCGGUAGUCUUGCAAACGUGUACGGUCAAGACAAGAAAAGCCGAAACUCACGUCUAUAUGCUUUCGUGACCUUCAUGGCCCUGUAUCUAGCUUUCUCGGUCGUCUUCGCUAUCAAGCUGCGCUCAUGGGAUCUGGCUGAAUCAAGCCAAUGCUACAAUUAUGGUCUGAUCAGCUCGCCAAACCAUGGUCACCCAUCAGUCGACAUCAUAUACGUUAGCAUUACCUGCUUCUGGUGUCUUUGUGCCCUCAUCGACUGCGCUGCGCUCCAAUCGUCUUUCAUGUCCAGGAGAUGGCAGGAAGAGCGCAAUCGGUCGAACCAUAUCCUAGGGCUCAUAGUGCCACCACUUGAGCAACUUGCUACGGGCAUCGUUCUACUAGCCAUGUUGCAAUAUCCUGUCCACCUGUACAUGGUCAUUGCUCUGCGCAUAUCCAAUGAGGGGAACCUCAGCGGCGACUCUGAGAAUACGUGGGGAUUUGGGCAGAUUGUCGCCUUAGUGACGGCCUUUUCUACACUGAUGGAAUGUGUGAGGGGACGUUCUGAUUGUGUUGAAGAAAUCAAACAGCUUGAAGAGGCUGCUCGCAGGGAAGAGGUUGCUCGCAGGGAAGAGGUUACUCGCAGGGAGGAAGCUGGAGAGCUAAAUGCGGAGGCGCGCAACUGA